AUGUCGUUGUCCAAGCCAUGGGACAAGUUCUACAACGGCGACGGAACCGUGUUUACGACGCCCUGGCAGGAGAAGGGGAUAGUGGUUUGGAGCUGCCAACUUUCCGUAUAUCAAAUCCUGCUCAAGAAACCCUCGAUGCCGAAGCUUCUAGCCAACAAAGGUCGAAACCUACGCAGCCAAAAGCGGUCUCCACGGGAGACGAGUUUAAGCUCGGCGGUGUCCCUUUUCGAGUCGUCCGAUAUAUCCAGCGACAACUUCGACUUCAUCUCCCACACGCCCAACAUCAUCACCGAAUUGGACAUCUUCCCCGUGGCUGUCCAGGAUGUGACAAAAUCAUCUACAAGUCUGUCCACGUCUAGAAGGACGAAACCCAAGCAUCACAUGCUGCCCCCAGUAGUGGUAGACACGCCCCCCCACGCAGCGCUGGCUCAACGCACCAAAGUGGCGGCGGAAGUGUACCUCCCAGGUUCGUCCUCCGACGCCCUCGUUAACAACACGUCAGUAGUUUUGUCGCCAAAACCGUCGCCUCGGAUCAAGAAACUCGAACUGCAGUAUGGCCCUCAAGUGACCAGCCGACCUUGUCGCUCAUCCUACGCUCUCCAAAGCAUCGGCAGUUAG